AUGGGAGCUGAACUGUGGCUGCUGGGGGGCUGGGUGGCCCGUGCAGGGGCUGGCCUGGGGAAAGCAGCUCGGCAGAAUGGAAUUUUCGAAGAAAGAAAAUGUACAGUGAAGGCCAGCCAGAAUGCCAUGAAUGGAAUCCAAAAGUUUCAGUUUUGUGAAAUGAAAGGUCAUGUUUUGAGAGGAUUAACAGACCAGGAUGACGAUGGGCAGCUGGCCAGCUCGGAGCUUCAGCUGUUCAGGGACGCCAGCCCCUCUGCCAACUUCGAGACUCUGCGGAACCCCCCUGGGCGGACAGGAGCGCACGGCCACCACGUGUACCGCCCACAUUCGCGGGCCUCCGCGGUGGCCUGGGACGCUCAGCCCGCCGUCUGGGGUGCCGGCUCUCUCUCCUCGGUCGCUCCCUGUGCCCGGCUCCCCGCGCCCUCUCCGAAGGCCCCUGCAGGACCCCCGACUUGUUAA